UUUUUUAAGGACUAAAUUGACAAAGAGUGAAACUCAUGGCUAAAACCCCAUUCUUUAAAGAAAACUCUCAUCUUUGUACGGAGAGUAGAGACUCGAUUCUGUUUCAACCUCACUCACACCAUGGACCCUCUAUCAGCUCUGCGAGAAUUCACCAUUAGAGGCGAGCUCGAUAAGAUCAUUCGGUUCAACGAUGAGUUCCGUUUUGGUUCGGAUUAUAGCUUCGUUUGUUCUACCUCCACCGCUUACCGAUCCAAACAAGGCAAUCUCUAUACCCUCGAAACCUUAGUUUAUUACAUCAAGAACCACCAUGUGAAGCACACGGAUUACAUCCAGAACGCUCGCACGCAGGGGAUCCCCACUGUCACCUUCCCCGAUCGAAAGCCCCUACUCGAUUAUCUCACUGGUAAAGUUUCCACUUCCGAUUCCAUCGAAUUUCUUGUCCCCCAAAACCCUAGAUUUCCCGAUUUGCCCCUUCCUGCGAUCGACGAAUACCGCCCGGACGAUGCUGUUGUUUCUGGUUCGAACGACGUCGUUGAACCUGGCCCUGUUGAUGAUAGAGCUAGGGUUUAUGGGGAGCCUGAGAGAAUCGACUAUAUGGCGUUGAUUAGAUCGAGUGAGAGACCACUGAAGGACCGGGAAGCUUUGUUGGAGAGCAAAGGUAGGAAUUUUCAUAGUGUUUUGACGACUUCGACGCGGCGCGAGGAGGAACGACAGCGUAUCGAGUCGCAGCAGAGGAAAGAUGGGUUGGUGGCCAAGAGCCGGCUUAUGAGCGCCGACGAGAGAGGCAUGGGUGGCUACGGCGAUGAAAUGGGUUACGACCCGAACCCGAAACCGAAGAUGCAUAUGAAGGGAGGCAAAAUGGGGGAAGGGGUUCCGAUAAUUUUAGUACCGAGUGCGUUUCAGACUCUGAUUACGAUGUACAAUGUGAAGGAGUUUUUGGAAGAUGGGGUUUAUAUACCAACUGAUGUGAAGGCGAAACAGAUGAAGGGACUGAAACCCGAUUGUGUAACGGUACAGAAGAAGUUCAGUAGGGAUAGAGACAGGGUAGUGACUGCUUAUGAGGUUAGGGACAAGCCCUCUGCUUUGAAGGCUGAGGAUUGGGAUCGAGUUGUGGCUGUUUUUGUUUUGGGGAAGGACUGGCAGUUCAAAGACUGGCCUUAUAAGGACCAUGUUGAAAUUUUCAAUAAAAUUAAGGGAUUUUUUAUGCGCUUUGAAGAUGACAGUUUGGAAUCAGCAAAGACUGUGAAGCAGUGGAAUGUGAAGAUUAUCUCAAUUAGUAAGAACAAGAGGCAUCAAGAUAGAGCUGCGGCAUUAGAGGUGUGGGAUAGACUCGAAGAGUUUAUGCGAUCGCGUUCUCAUUCUUGAUGUGAACCAAGUUUUGGCGAGAAGACUGUACAUUACUCCUGUAUUUUGUUUACUAAUCAGGGAUAGUGAGUAAAAUGUUUUAUACUUUUCCAGGGCAAUGAAAUUAGAUAUGCCAUGGAUGAUAAGAUUUGUAUCAAAUGGCCGUACAUGAUAUUGGUACAAGGGACAUAGAUUGGCUUAGCCAGGGUUUGAGAGCCAGGACAUUUAUACAAAAACGUUUUUCUUUGUUUGGCAAAAACUUAAGUAGUUCAUCUCAUAGAUUGUUUGGUCCGUUUCAAGCUUUGACUGCGUCAGUCAAGUUGGUACUUCAAGUAAGCCACAUCUGUUGGAGUGAGUCAAGUUGCAGAGUACAUGAUCAAUAAGCCAUUGGUUUAUUCUGAUUACCAAAUUUUCUCCAAUUGUAACUCUCAUUGCAUCCCAGUGCAUUUUCCAAGUUUUUGGGGUGCCCUUGUGUUAGCGGAAUGAGAUACUUCAAUCCUAAAGUAGUUCCUUGUUAAGGUUAUUUCCCUCAUUUUAACUUUUAGUUUUGUUGGUUCAUUACUGAAUGCUUCAAUUAAUUUUUAUUUGUAAUUUGAUGAGCUAUAACAUUUCAGAACACUUUUAUUAAAUACAGAAGAGAGUAUGCAUCAGCUAGUCUCUUCGGUAGAUACAAAAUAAUAAACCCUAAGUAGGGUCUCAAAAUAAUGAACACUGCACACCUCUCUAAAUCUAGAUGAGAACAAAUGAAGAAUACAAUCGCAACAACUAUGCAUAAGAGUUCUGGGAACUCUGAAGUAUAGACUAAACUGUAAAGAAUCAGUGUGUUGCAAAGGCUGAAGUGUACGCAGCCACAAGAAGAGCAAAGAAGAACAGUGGAGUCGAAAUCUUGAUGGAACUUCCGUCUGAUGUGCCGUUAUCAGUAGCUG